GCGUGGGAUGGGCGGGUCCCCCGAGCGGGCGGGGUCUCCAGGUGCGCGGGCACGCGCCAGAGGGCGGGUAGGCCGGGCUCAGGGACGCAGAGCGUCCCUGUGUCUUUAACGUCCCCAUCCCCGCGUCCCCCCACCCUUUUGUGCACCCCCCCCCAAGCCGGGCUGCAGCCGUGGAGCCGUCCCCCCUGCACUGACAGCUGGUAUCUAAUUACUGUGUGAGAAUGGAAAGUCAGGCUGUCCCAGCUCCGGGGAGAGGGGAUUAACGUCUCCUGCAGAAUACACUUCCUCUGGUGGGUUGCCAUGGUUACUCUCAUUACCUGCCUGCCCGCGAGGAGCCGCGCGAGCCGCUCCAGCAGGCCCUCCGAACCCGGGCCGGCGCGCGCACGCGCACGCGCACGCGCCUGUCUUCCCGCCCCUUCCCUCCGGGGGCGCACGCGCUUGCGCCUUGGGGAGCGCGAGCGCUCUCACCCUUGCCCCGCCCCCCGCCCUAGCAGCUGUCAGCGGCGCGCGCGGCCCGCUGGCCCCUGCGCGCGUUGUCAACAGUCAUUAGCGCGCGGGCCGCGCCCCCCCCCCGGUCCCCCAGUCCGGGGUGGGGCCCGCACCUGGGGCCCCUGCUCGUUAGCGAACCCGGGCCGCCGGCUUCGAUCCGGAGGGACCGGCCCGCGGGGCUUGUUGGGCUCAGAGCCUCCUCCUGCUUAGAACCCCCAUCAGCGGUCGGGUCCCCAUUCCCAGCCCUCGACUGAGACUCCCGAGAGAGGCGGGUCCCCAGAGUCUCUCAGGGCGCCCCUCUGCAGUGGUGACGACAGCGGUCAUUUAUGAAUGUCUCGAGAGGGCAGGCAUGUUUAUGCUUCAUUUGGGGUUCCGGCAGCCCUUCUGUGAGGUAGUGAAAGCCGUGGUGGAUUUGGUGUCAUUUCACACAUGAGGAAACUGAGGCCCAGCCCCUCCUCUUCUGAGGGCAGAGCGGGAUUGUCCUCAGGCUCUGCCUCACCUCUGGGAGCACCCUUAUUGCUCCGAUGAGCUAGACCUCGUCCCCGACCCUGCCCUGUCUCCCAGGGGCGGCUUCACCCCUGCCAGUCACCUACUUCCCCAGCCCUUCUACCCCAAAGGGUUGCUUUGACUCGCUGUACUCCCUUCCCUUUCCCUACUCUUUAAAGAACCCAGAGUUAGAGCCAAAAGAAAAGGGGGGCAGGGAAGAAGAGCAGAAAACGAAAACGCAACUUGGGAGUAGCCGGAAGGAUGCGGCACCCCUCGCUGUGGCUUGGGGGUCCAUCCCAGACACUUUCCCUGUGGCCCUGGGUGUGCAUUUCGGUCCUCAGCAUGAUUUGAAAGAAGAUGGAGGUUCAACGAAGCAGAAAGGAGGUCUUGGAAUAUGUGAGGCUGUUCCAGAUGGCAGAUAUUGUCUUCCUCUUCUGGAAUCUGUUUCUGAAUGAAAGUCCUGUCUGCAGGGAGGUCUGUCUGCCUUUAAGCAAGUGAACCCAUUGGGGGCAGAUGGCCUGUCGGAGCCCGAGGGCAUCUCUCUGAAACGGGUUGCUGUGGUGGAAGAUUUCUUUGACAUCAUCUACUCGAUGCACGUGGAGAGCUCCGCAGAGCCAGGCAAAGCCCCCAAGCACGCUGGGCAGAAGAAAACCUACCGAGCGAUCGCGGAGACCUACGCCUUCCUCCCCAGAGAGGCUGUGACUCGGUUCCUCAUGAGCUGCACGGAAUGCCAGAAGAGGAUGCACUUUAACUCCAGCGGCCCGGAGCCCAAAGAGAAUGAGCCUCCAUCCCCUCUGGUGUCUGGCAUUAUUGACUACAACAUGCCCCUCACCUCCACCUACUUGAAGCAGAUGAAGCUACGAGUGAUGAACUCUCAGGAGCAGGAUGAGACUUCUGUGAGCAGUGAAGAUUUUGAUAUGAAUGACUCCACAUGGAUGUCAGCUGACCCCCACCUGGCCUCCAGCCUGAGCCCCAACCAAGAGGAAAGGAUGCGGAGCCCGCAGAACCUCCAUAGCCAGGAGGAUGAUGACUCCUCCUCCGAGAGCGGCAGUGGCAACGGCUCCUCGACCCUCAACCCAUCCACCUCCAGCAGCACACAGGGUGAUCCCGCCUUCCCCGAGAUGAAUGGCAACGGAGCUGCAGCCCCCAUGGACUUCACUGCCAGUGCUGAGGACCAGCCCAUUAACCUGUGUGAGAAGCUCCCGCCUGGCACAGCUCUGGGCACACCAUCCUACCCCUCAGAUGGCUGCGGCACUGAUGGGCUGCGGAGCCGCGUCAAGUAUGGGGUAAAGAGCACUCCUGAGUCACCCCCCUACAGCUCUGGGAGCUAUGAUUCCAUCAAGACCGAAGUCAGUGGCUGUCCCGAGGAUCUGACAGUGGGCCGGGCCCCCGCAGCAGAUGAUGACGACGAUGACCAUGAUGACCAUGAGGACAAUGACAAGAUGAAUGACUCGGAAGGCAUGGACCCUGAGCGGCUCAAGGCCUUCAAUAUGUUCGUGCGGCUAUUCGUGGAUGAGAACCUGGACCGCAUGGUGCCCAUUUCCAAGCAGCCCAAGGAGAAGAUCCAGGCCAUCAUUGAGUCAUGCAGCCGGCAAUUUCCUGAGUUCCAGGAGCGGGCCCGCAAGCGAAUCCGCACGUACCUCAAGUCCUGCCGCCGCAUGAAGAAGAACGGCAUGGAGAUGACCAGGCCCACUCCUCCCCACCUGACCUCAGCUAUGGCAGAAAACAUCCUAGCAGCUGCCUGUGAGAGUGAGACGAGAAAGGCGGCUAAGAGGAUGCGCCUGGAGAUCUACCAGUCCUCACAAGAAGAACCCAUAGCCCUGGAUAAGCAGCACCCUCGGGACUCUACAGCCAUCACCCAUUCCACCUACUCACUGCCAGCCUCUGCCUACUCCCAGGACCCUGUGUACGUCAAUGGUGGCCUCAAUUAUAGCUACCGCGGCUAUGGGUCCUUGAGCAGCAACCUGCAGCCCUCCGCUUCCCUCCAGACAGGAAGUCACAGUAAUGGGCCCACAGACCUCAGCAUGAAAGGCGGGGCCUCCACCCCCACUCCUCCCACACCUACCCCUUCCAGCAACAGCACCAGCAGGACCAUGCCCACAGCCCAGCUUAGCCCCACGGAGAUCAGUGCUGUGCGGCAGCUCAUCGCAGGCUACCGAGAGUCUGCAGCCUUCCUGCUGCGUUCUGCAGAUGAACUGGAAAACCUCAUUUUACAGCAGAACUGACCCCGCUGGCCCACAGAGUGCACGACGCCAGGGAAGGAGGCUGUCCCAGCCUGGACCCAGCUUCCUGCCUCAACCAGUUGGUACACUGUUUUCUGAAAGAGGUGGGAUCCAAAAGAGCUGUUUCUAGCUGCACUCCAAGCAUCGGAGACUUUGGGCACAAGGACACUUUUUCCUUUUUUUUUUUUUUUAAUUUCACCACACGGGUGCUCUGACCUGCUUGGAAGGAGGCCAGUGGGGCAGCUCUAAAAGGGUUGAGGCUCCCCUGAAAAGGCACAGGGGCUGCAGCUCUAUUUGGAAUCACCUUUGUGGACCCUGAUGUUAGAACCCUCCCCCCCCCCAAUAAUUACCUUUCAAGUCUUAGGUGAGCAGAAUUGCAUAUUUAUUGAGAAGAGCAAAAGUGGACCCUUUCUCUCCCCUUAGUAAUUUAUUUUUCUGAAAUGGAUUCUUUUGUGUUUGUACAGAUUGCCAGUCUGUGUCUGUCUAAUCAGAAGGAUGUACCCCUGUACCUAACAUUCCAUAUCACUACACGGAUGUAAGCUGGGGGCCAGCAGAGUUGGGUGCCAGCUCACUGUCCUGAGUGCCCAGCAUACCCUUGGGAAGGCCACCACACUCCACUAGGCUGUCUUGUUGCAGAUCCCAGUGCUGCCACAGGGACACUGCCAAACAGGGGGACCUCACCCACACUCACUACAAACAAAAGCCCCUACCCAUCCUACAGAGUCCCAGUCACACGGUCACCUGUACUCUACCUCACACUCCAGCGUGGGCUUUUCCAGGAUGUGCUCCAAGUGUGUUCUGAAUGGCUGUCUCCCCAACUCCCACACAAUGUAUCUGUCUGCUGGGAGGUAAAUCAGACCCAGUGUCCAAGAAGCAAGCCCAGAGGGGCUUGGUCCUUAAAACCAGCAGCUCGCCAUUGCUGGGCUCUUGAAGAUGCUUGACAUGAUAGAGUCGGGAGCUAGUCAAGGACCCAGUUCUUAUGAACACAGGCUCCACCCAGCCCCCAGAUAACCUGCUAGAGGGACACUUCUCUUUGUCAAGCAUCUGUGUGCCCAAGGGGGGAUUACAGUUUCCACUCCUCACCUCACAAUGGGAGUAAAGGGAUCAGAUCGUCAGUGAAGUGGAGAACUACUUGCAUUCUCCUAGGACCAAACUUUCUUCUGGAAAGGCCUGUCCUGUAAGAAACCCAGUCCCUGGAGUGUGACAAGGGACAAGAAAAAGCUGACCUGGUUUCCUUCCUCCCUGACAGGCACUUCCUUUUGCUCUGUGCAAUACCUACCAGUGCUGCUAAAACCAGGGAUUCACCCAGACCUCAGCAGGCCAGGGGGCCUCUCCCUCAACACUCCGUAGCCAUGACAGCAGCACUCCGCUGCCUGCCCCUGCCCAGAGCUGGCAGAAGCCCUGUUGCCUUUCUUCCCUCAGAGCAAGGAGGCCUCAAGGGAGCCAGGGGCUGAGUGGACACUAAGAUAACCACAAAGAGCCACUCUUGGUCCCAAAGCGAGUGCCCCUUCCCAAACUGGUCUAUGGCAGGGACUGCUGGUGGCAGCCUGACAGACUAUCCUCAAAUGGGUGGGCAGGCAGUGCCAGUGCAGAUGCCCUACCUGUUGAGAUUCAGGGCUGUAAGGCAGGGCUCCCCACCCUGCACACUUCCACACUGGGGUUAAAUGUGGUCUUUCACAGGGCCUACAAUGCCUACCCAGCCACACCACCUCUGCCUUCAUGUGCCCGCUCACCAGGCUUCUGGACUGGGCCAGGACACCUGAGUCCCCUUCGUACAGCACAAACCCAGUGCCCAGGGCCUCCCCACAGCUGGCCGGCCAUGUGCCCAGUUCCCCACCUGCUCAGUAGGACUCCUGGAUGUUUGAAUUUGUGUAAAUAUUUAUUUUUGUGUGUGAAUACUUCAAAGUAAUCAGUAGAUCUUUUGCAAAAUGUUACCCCAGGCAAUUUGUGAAAAUGUUAAUGUUGAAAAUUGGCAGAGACAAUCGCCACCCUAGAAUUUCUGUUAUCAAUUGCUUACCACGUUGUGUCUGCUCCCAGAGGCAGUACCCAAGCUAGACACAAAAUGGCUUGCAUUUUUGAAAGAAGACAGGAGAGAAGAGACUAGGCAGAGGCUUCUCCCUCUCCCCUCAUAGGACACAUCUGUAAGAACGAGCAUAAUCUACAUCUAAGUGGUGUUUUCUAACUGCAAGCAGUCUUGACCAGCCACCAGCAGCCUGCACCCAGAGUACAGUGUGAGCAUAGGUUCCAUGUGUUUUGCUUCAAGAGACAUAGAACCAGUGCCAGUGCUGAUGGGUUCCCGAGGGGCUGCAGGCCAGUGGAUGCUGGCAUGCUGACCAGAGAAGCGGUCCCCAAAGCCUCAGAGCAGCCAUAUCAGGAGCAAGUCAGUGUGGACACAGGAUUCCAUUAUCUAGUUCAGUCAGGGAACUUGUUCUGUUUUCCUUUUGUUUUAAAAGAUGCAGCUUCAAGCCCUCCCUUCCUGAUUUGGGCCUGCCUUUUCCCAGGAGGAGCUUCUCCAAGCCUUGUCCUAUAGCUACUUCAGUGUGAUGGAAGCCUCAGGGCACAAAGUAAUCAUUGGUGAUGUCAAGUCACAAUGGAAAUGCAGUGUAGGAUAUUCAAACCCCAGAGUCCUCACAGGGCAGAUUCCCUAAGGUAUCGAGAAGUGGUGGAUGAUCUGCUAGACCAGUGAGAGUGUAUAUGACCCAUCUGAAAGGAUUUUUUUUCUCUCACCACUCAACAAAUGGACAGUUUAUUCCCAAGGACGGUGUUGGGGAGGAGCAGGCAGGGGCAGGAGGGUCUUAGAGGACUUGGAACAGGUGGAACCCAUCUGUCCCUCCCUAUUCUCAAGGGCCACAAAUGACUCCACAGGUGGUUAUAGAAUUAACCACCAGUUCAUUCUCAAAAUGCUGCUUUGAACUCAGAGGGUUGAUACUUUUAAUUUGUAAUUUUUUGUAAAACUUUUUACAAGAUAGUAAAGUAUUUCACCAGAAUACCAGUUUCAAUCCGUCCGUGGUCUGAUUUUUAUAUAAUUUAGUGGUGCUUUAGAGACUUUGUUUUGUUGUUUCUGAGCGUAACAGCUCAAUCCUCUCUUGCCUGUAUCUACCUAAGACCAAUGUGAACCUUUGUAUUUUGCUCCUAAUUUUGGACUCAGUGGAAGUGUACUGUUUACAUGUACAGAUGCCCCAUCCCUGUGUUUUCUGCAAGACGCGCGCUCGAGGAGGAAGAUUGCACCUCACUAGCUCAUCUGCUUAGCAAAGCCACAAAACAAAACCUCUCACUUUGUACCCGUUUCCACCUAAAAACAAAAACCUUCACCACCUGGAACUCAGAUUUGCCAACACACUCUGCCUGGUAGACGCCCCGGGCCUCUAUCAUGUGUUCCCUUAGGAAUCAAGGCAGCACCUCCUGCCAGCUGGGUGCGAGACAGCACACAGAGGAGACACUGAUGCAGGACUUUACUGCCCAGCUCUGGGAGGAAGUUCUCUGAGCAGCAGGCAAUACGAAGGUCAAGAGGACUCAUGGGCCUUCAGGAGCAAGCCAGGCAGGAUUUAGGGACAACACAAGAGGCCAUCAAUCUGCUGGCAUGACUGAGACACACUUUGGAAGAACGUGAGUUCCAUGUAAGGUGAGACUGUGACUUUGAGUGCAGAUGACACAAGCACUUCAGGGGAGGGUCAGGGGCUCCAGACAGUAAGCAUAAGGCACUUACCGCAAGCAGUGGAUGGCACCAACUUUUCAAGGUGACUUUAUUAAUCAAUGGUUUCACCGCUAAAUUAUAUUUUUACAGAUAUGCACCUAUGCAACUUAAUGUGGCUCUUCUAAGCAGGUGAGGACCUCCUCCUCAAUGCUCUAUAUAAAGUGUUUGUGUUCUGUAUAGUGAGUUUCCCAGUAAAUGUGGCUUAAUACUUUCAUUCUUAGGAUGUGUCUUUCUACGUGAUGCAGCUACUAAAUUCUGUUUUGUUUGUGGAAUGACUAGCACAGGCCGAUGCCCUCUUUCCCUCACUUACCAGAAGACCAAUGAGCUGUUAAUGAGCGGUUAUCUCCAUGGUAUUACUGCUAAAUGCACUGAUGUCAUAAGUAUGUGGAAUCCUUUUCCUUUUGAGACUGUAUAUCAUAUACCAGACUGAAUCUACUUAAUAAACACUGAACAACAAACCCA